AGCCGGGCAGGGCGAGGCGGGGAAGCCGAGGGAGUACCUAUGGCGGGUACCAUUUCCACGCUGGUGUAGUUGGCAGGAGUCGGGAAGGCAACGGGUCAGACCUCAUCCCUGCCACGCACCACACACUGGGAGGCUUCAGGGAAGCCGGCCACCGUCCCCUCGUCUCCGGUCCCCCGCCUACAGAACGCGGGAGGGAGCGACCUACCUUGCAAGGUCGUCGUUCGCGUGUCCAAGCUUGGGACGCUUGCCCACACCCUUGAAGAUGAAUAGCUGGAUUCCAAGCACGGUUUGCCUGUCCGCUGCCCUCUUGCUGCUGUUGAGUGGUGCUUUUGCCCGGAGGAGCCAAGAUCUCCGCUGUGGAGCAUGCCGGGCACUGGUGGAUGAGCUGGAGUGGGAAAUAUCUCAGGUAGAUCCCAAGAAAAUGAUCCAGAUAGGUUCCUUCCGCAUCAACCCAGAUGGAAGCCAGUCCAUCGUGGAGGUGCCCUAUGCCAGGUCUGAAGCUCACCUGACGGAAUUGUUGGAGCGCAUCUGUGACAACAUGAAAGAAUAUGGCGAAAAGGAAGAUCCUUCCACCCACCGGAAAAGCUAUGUGAGGGUGAUGUCCCGCGAUGGGACCAAGAUGGACCUUUCUCAAACCAAAUUUGAUACCGAUAUGACAUCAAGCCUGAAGUUUGCGUGUGAGAGUAUAGCUGAAGAAUAUGAAGAUGAGUUCAUAGAAUUCUUCUCCCAUGAGGCAGAAAAUGUCAAGGACCGGCUAUGCAGCAAACGAACAGAUCUGUGUGACCACGCCUUGCAUCUCCCACAUGAUGAACUAUGAAGCGCAAAGGCCUGCCUGGUCUGGUGGACGAGUUGGCAAAGUCCUUGUAGACCACCUCCCUCUUCCUAGCUCCAAUAAUUAUUGUCCCAGCAGCCUUGG